AUGCUCAUGAGCAGAGAAAACCAGUCGAGUGUCUCCGAGUUCCUCCUCCUGGGGCUCUCCAGGCAGCCCCAGCAGCAGCAGCUUCUUUUCGUGCUCUUCCUGAGCAUGUACAUGGCCACAGUCCUGGGAAACCUGCUCAUCAUCCUGGCCAUCAGCACAGACUCCCGCCUGCACACCCCCAUGUACUUCUUCUUCACUAACCUGUCCUUCGUGGACGUCUGCUUCUCCUCCACCACUGUGCCCAAGGUGCUGACCAAUCACAUCCUUGGGAGUCAGACCAUCUCCUUCUCUGGGUGUCUCAUGCAACUGUAUUUUCUCAUCGUGUUUGGUGACGUGGACAAUUUCCUUCUGGCUGUGAUGUCAUAUGACCGCUUUGUUGCUGUGUGCCACCCUUUACAUUACACAACAAAGAUGACCCCUCAGCUCUGUGCCCUGCUGGUUGCUGGGUCAUGGGUCAUUGCCAAUCUGAAUGCUCUGUUGCAUAUCCUGUUGAUGGCUCAACUAUCAUUCUGUGCAGACAACACGAUCCCCCACUUCUUCUGUGAUAUGACUCCUCUCCUGAGACUCUCCUGCUCCGACACACACCUCAAUGAGAUGAUGAUUCUUACUGAGGGGUCCCUGAUAAUGAUCACCCCAUUUGUUUGCAUCCUGGUUUCCUACAUUUGCAUCACCCAUGCUGUCCUGAGAGUCCCAUCCACAAAGGGAAAAUGGAAAGCCUUUUCCACCUGUGGCUCCCACCUGACUGUGGUUUCCCUCUUCUAUGGCACCAUCAUAGCUGUGUAUUUCAACCCUUCAUCUUCCCACUCGGCUGAGAAAGACACCACAGCUACUGUGUUGUACACAGUGGUGAUUCCCAUGCUGAACCCUUUCGUCUACAGUCUGAGGAAUAAGGACAUGAGAGGGGCUCUAAGAAAAGUGAUUGGCAGAAAGAGAUUUUCUACCUGA